AUGAUGAUAGUUAGAAUGGGUGAUGCAAUGACCGCUCAAAUUGUCUUUGUGGACACGCCAAGCGCGCCCUAUUCCCCAAUUGUUAUCGUUCCCGAUGGAACAGUCGUUCGAUGUGCUGGACACGUUGAAGCAGGUUUGUUUGCGGCUACUUCCGGCCCAAGAUUACAGGAUGUUUAUCUUAUGCAGGUCAUUGAAAAUCCUGGACACCUGUCAGCUGAAGAGAUCAAAACACGUGCUUUCUGGAUACGUGUAGUCACUACUUAUAAACACGCUACAUUGGAAGAGAAACUCAAUCUGUUUGACGCAAUCUCUCAGUGGACAACAGCCUAUUACCAGUCAGGUAUCUAUGGAGAACGUGCAUCACCUGCGUUUCGAUUACUUCAUUGCCUGAUUGAUGCCAACCAUCCGAAUGUGCAGUUUGCGGACACGCUAACACCCGUCUUGGCCAACUCAUUGCAUUUCGCUUGGACGCAACCGUUAGAUAAUGCAGACGAUAUCCAGUUUAUCACAUCUUUGAUUGCUCAGUCCCGAAGAGAGCAUGUUUCAAUUGAGUUCACCGUUUCCAAAGCCCUGAUCGCAUUGGUUCAAACACUAUCUGAUAGUGACAACCACGUGUGGAAACGUCUACUACUACUUGCUCGCCUGGUGGAUGCGCUAGACCCAAUCAACCCUCAACAAUCACUACCGUCCUGGUCAGAUCGGGUGGCCCGAUUUGUACUGGAUUGUUUACAAGUUAAACGAAUAAUGCAAAGUGCAUCAUGUCGUUUUGUGAUUUACGAAGUUCUUGCGGCCCUGUCUCGUUACGUACACAAUUCGUUGCGUUGGUUACGUCCACUCUGUGUCCCAACCAACACUGGGCAGCCAUUGGCUAUUCUGCUCACCUCAGCUGCUGUUGAGAUCCAACUGGAGCUAGAUAAAAUGCCCAAACCACAUUCGCUCGAUAUGAGUAUAUCGGACGCUACCAACACCCGCGUGGUGAUUCGUUCACAAAGUGGAACUGAGCAACAGGAGCAGCAAUUGGAUUUUGUCCCAUCUGUUCGUGUACGGGACCAUUCUAUUCUGAUCAAUGCGUCUGACUUGCUUCGUCUCGGUUUGGCCGACAUGAAAGAAGCCAAUUCAUCCGUGAGUGUGUAUGUGUGUAUGUGCGCCUCGGUUUCACGCUCAUUGUUUUGCCCGCUUAGCUUUAUUGAGUGA